UUAAAUCAAAAUAAAUGUUGUGCAAAACUGCUGUGUUAUUAUGAUCGUCUCUUUGUUCGGCAUUAAACGUUUAAUAUUUAAUGUUUGUUUCGCUUAAAUUUAUGUAGGAAACGUAUUUUAAUUGUUUGUAAAAAUACGACAAAGAUUUUAUUUCUAAAAAAAAUCUGAUGAAAGUGUGUUUGUAUCGUGAGAAAAAAGUACGGUUACCGUAGAUUGGACGAACUGUGUUGCACAUAGGCGAAAACGAGACACAUCUACACAUUUGAUAGGACGAGUGCAAACGAAACAACGACAACAAUCACCUACAGACACCAAAAAACCAUACCACAAUCAAUUGAGAAGAGUGUAAUUGUAUGCAAAUUACACACAAUGGCAAAACUCAUGAAUACAACGCUUGAAGAAGGCGAACUCGAACAGUCAGUGUGCAGCCUUGCCGAGAAAUCGUGGUACGAAGAGUGUGAAGGAGCCGACGAAAAAAUGACAAAUCGUAAGGUAGCCGAAACAUUGUGUGGCGACGACGGCGGUGUUAAUACGGCCGAUGACUCGUUUUCACCAUCAAAAGAUACAAGCGGCGGUGAGCAUUCGACCAGUGCCGAUCGGGAAAUUUUGGUCACAUUUUUGGAAGCAUCGAAUGAGGCGAAAUUUGAACGUUUGGUGAAAGAGGAAAAAAUUAAAACAUCCUUUAAACGCUGUUUGUCACCCACAUCAGCAAUGAAGUCAUCCAAUUCAAAGCGACCGACUGGCUCACCUACAUCGGAUGAUAGCAACGUUCGCGAACGUGAUCUAUCGCCACAAUCAUCGACCGAUUCGAAUGAAAAACGGACACGAGAAUAUGAAACCGAUGAAUCGAUACUGGAUCGCCGACAGAAACAAAUUGAUUAUGGAAAAAAUACCAUCGGAUACGAUGUGUAUUCCAAACAAGUACCAAAAGAAAAGCGAACGCCCGAACAUCCAUGGACACCACAAAAGAACAUAAAGUACAGUCGCCGUGCAUUCGAUGGUUUGGUAAAAAUCUGGCGAAAAAAGUUGCACACCUACGACCCAUCAAAUGGAAUGUACAACGGUGGAACGAAUGCUGGCAAAGGUGUUUGAUCAUCGCGUAAAAUUGUCGAUUUCCACUCUGUAUGGUUUUUUUAUAUUUUAAAAUUAAAAAAAAAGAAGAAAAAAUAGCAAAAUUCAAUAAAAGAUAUCGAAAAUUGGAAUAGUAUUUUAAGUUUGAUGCUGCCCCCUUUUAAGCUAGAGAAUAAUACAUUACCUAAUAGUCACGUAGAGUCAAAAACAAAUCUUUUAGAUCGUAUUAAGCGCAUUAAUAUUACGCCCAAUUUUUUUUUACUGUUAAAAUCACCAAAUUUGUCGAAUAAAUAAAGAAAACCCGCACAUUUUCCACACAA